ACCAACAUUGUUAGAGGAGAUUGGUCUGGAAGAAAUUUAUAAAAGAGAGAGAAAUAACGGAAUUAUUGUCGGGAAUCCAGGAGAAAAGAAGUUGGGAGAUAUACUAUUAUUAUUGAGUAAAGAAGAAAAAAAAAGUAAAUGCAAUAAAGCGUUAGAAAAAUGUAAUGAAUUAGGGUUUCUGACUGUUGAAUUUAAAACUUUAUGUCAAGAUGGUGAAAAAGAAAAUAAGUGCGAAAGCUUAAUAAAUGUUACUACUAGAUGUUCAGAUUUCAGAAAAAGGCUUUACAUAAAGAAUAUAUCUACAUAUGCUACUGAACAGGACGCAGAAACUAUUUUAUGGCAUUCACUUCCGAGAUCACUUACUAAGGAGGAAUGUAUAAAGUUUGAAUCAGAAUGUUUCUAUUUAGAAAAUAUAUGUUCAAAUAUACUUAAAAAAACGUGCAAGAAUCUGAGAGUAGCAUGUUAUAAAAAAGCGCAAGAAGAUAUGCUCUUUGAAUUAUCUAAAGAUCUCUUGCACGGGAUACUUAAUUCAAAUUCUAAUCAUGAAAAUCUUAAAGAAUGCCAAAAGGUAGUACUAGAGAAUUGUAGAAAGCUUAAGGAAAGUAAAGAAUAUAUUUCAAGAUGUCUUAAACCAAAACAACUAUGUCUUGAAUUUGAGGAGGAUAUUUUGACUCUAUCGGAAGGAUUAAAACAAAUUUUGGAAAUGAAGCGAGAUUCUUUUACAAAAAAAGAGUGCGUUGAAUUAAAAAGAAGCUGCGAAGAUCUUGAAAAGGAUUCAAAUGUAAACUAUCAGAACUGCAUUAAAUUGAAUCUACGCUGCAAAUAUUUAGAAGUCGCGGAAGAAUUCAAGAAUAUAUUUUUAAAAGAAGAAAAAGAUAUAUUAGGAAAUCAAGAAAAUUGUGAAAAGGCUCUGAAAGAGAAAUGUGAUGGAAUAUUUAAAAAGAAAGUAAAUCCAUUUAGCAUUUCAUGUGUUUUACAGAAAGAAACAUGUCAAACUAUAGUCAAAGAGACGGAAAAUCAGUGUCGUAUUCUUAAAGAGAACAUAGAAAAACAGAAAAUUUUGGAUAAAGAAAACGGAAAAGAAAAUGAAACAUCACUUGAAGAAAUAUGUUUAUUAUGGAGUCCAUAUUGCAAUCAGCUUAUGGAAAAUUGUCCAAGGCUAUUGAAAGAAGAAAGUAAUGGCACUGGUGGAGUUUGUUUAAAACUUAAAGAGAAAUGUAGCCCAUUCUGGACAAUGAAGCACUUGGACGAUGAAUUGACUCAUAAAUUGAAAGGAAAUUUAAGUGAUAAUGCUAAAUGUAAACUAGCGUUAGGAAGCUAUUGUACUCAAUGGAAAACUGGAACGAAUAAUACGUUAAAAAAUCAGUGUAAUACUGAUGAAAAUAAGAGUGUUCAAGAUGAAAUUUGUAAAAGAUUAGUACAAAAAAUAGCGAAAGAAUGUCCAACUCUAAAAAUAAAUUUAGAAAAGGCGGAAAAAGAAUUACAAGACAAAGAAAAAGAAUAUGAAAAACUAAAAAAAAAGGCAGAAGAAGCUAUGAGUAAGAGCGGGUUACUCUUAUCAAGACCUAAAGAAAGUUUGGAUCAACAAAAUAUAUCAUCAAGUGCACCGAACAACAAUGCACUUAUGUCAUCUGUUUUGCCGAAGAAUUUUUUAAGCAAACUAAUAAAUACCAAAACAAAACUUAGACUUAUUCGAAAAGCAUAUGUAAAUAUUGAAAUUUCUGAAGUAGAGAGAGAAGCGUUUGAUGCAGUGGAGAGGGCAUUGGAAUUGUAUUUAGAGCUGAAAGAAAAAUGCAGAAUCUUGCAAUUGGACUGUGGUUUUAGGGAAGAUUGCCUAACGCAUAAACCGGUCUGUGAAAAAAUAGACAAUUUAUGUAAACUGAAGUCAUUGGAAAUUAAACCUCAUUAUACAACAAUAAUAACAUCAGGAACAUCACUUUCUAGUGUAACAACAGUAACAGGAGAUGAAAAAACGAUAGAAAGGACAAUAGAAGGACAGCCCAGCACAAUAACAAUAAUAAGAACAAAGAUUAUACAAGGAAAUUCUACAUCACUUUGCAAUAUAGAUACGCAAGCAACAAAUACAUUAUUUCAUACGAGUACAGUGACAAGCACAGUGACAAGCAUACUGACAAGCAGAUAUACAGUGACAUCGACUCUAAGAUUGACGUCAACGGAAAAAUGUAAACCUACAAAAUGUACCACCGAUUCAACCAAAGAGACGCAGAAAGGAGAAGAAGGAGGAAGAAAAGAAGGAAGAGAAGAAGGAAGAGAAGAAGAAGUGAAACCGAACGAGGGGAUAAAAAUAAAAGUUACCGAGAUGAUUAAAAUAAUGUUUUUGGGAGUGAUUGUUAUGGGGAUGAUGUAA